GAGUUGAACUCCGGACUGGUAUACCCCGAAAUUGGAACCCGGCAUCCCCUCCUCCUGUCCCGGGCCGGGCCCUGCCCCAGCCCCACUCUUCCCGGCUGAAAUGGGCUCAGCCAAGAGUGUCCCGGUCACCCCAGCGCGGCCUCCACCACACAACAAGCACCUGGCGCGCGUGGCUGACCCCCGUUCACCCAGCGCCGGUAUCCAGCGCACUCCCAUCCAGGUGGAGAGUUCUCCCCAGCCUAGCCUGCCCGCAAGAGAACAGCUGGGGAGCGCCACGCAGGCCCAGGAUGCAGAUCCCCGCUCACCCACGCUUGGCAUCUCGCGAACCCCCAUGAAGACCAGCAGUGGAGACCUUCCAGACCUCCUGGUCAAACAGCUGAGUGAUGUGUUUGACAACGAAGCCUCUGGAGCCACCCUGUGCCCAGGGCCAGCUGUAGCCCCGGAGGCGCCCUCCUCAGUGGACUCAGACUCGCCUCCUGGUGAGCAGUCAUGCCUCGAGGAUCAGAGGUGGACUGCCCCACAGGGGCUCCCCAUGGAGGAAGCAAGACCACCCAGAGAGCCCGCUGGGGCCAGCAGGAGCACAGAAAAGCUCUCGAGAGACCCCGAGACACCAAGGCCUGCAGGGGCAGACUCUCAUGAUUCCAAGCUCAACAGACGGAAACCGAAUGGCAAGGUGCUAGGGAGGUCCCCCCUCACCAUCCUGCAGGAUGACAACUCCCCGGGCACACUGACACCCCGGCAGGGGAAGCGGCCUUCCCCGCUCACUGAGAAUGUUCGAGAACUGAAGGAAGGAACCCUGCUUGGGACCGGACGGCUUCUGAAAACCAGAGGGCGCGUGUGGGAGCAAGGCCAGGAGCAUGACAAGGAAAACCAGCACUUUCCGUUGGUAGAGAACCAGGCCCUGUGAUGGAGCCAGCCCUGGGUCCGCCCAGGGACAUCCGUGUCUGUCCCCCAUCUCCCUCUGUUCCCCGAGAUGCCUCCUGGGGUCCACUCUGGGCUUUCUCAGUGUCUCACAUGUUUCUUGUACAUUAUAUUUGAUCUUAGCCAAGGGGCUGAGAAGCAAUUGUUUCUUGUGUAU